AUAAAACAGAUGCCAGGUUGCAUACUUGACAUUCGCUCAGAAACAAAAGCGUCACCUCCCAGAAAAAUGAAGAGGCUCAUCCUUGCUCUCUGUGCCCUUGCUCUGGUGGCGCUGCCCAGCGAGGUCACAUCAACGACAACAAGCUCCUCCCCAACUACUACAACAACCUCGUCAACAACCAAUAAGACAACAACCACCCUGGAAACAAGCUCCUCCCCAACUACUACGACACCCUCGUCAACAACCAAUAAGGAAACAACCACCCAGGAAACAAGCUCCUCCCCAACUACUACGACACCCUCGUCAACCACCUCCAACACCACUCAAGACUUCAAACCCACCCCCUCUAACACUACAGAUCCCUCCAUGACCACCACCACUGCCGCCAGUCCAGCCAUGACCUCUUCACUCAGCCUUUUCCUGGCAUCCCUGGUGUCCAUUUUCUCCAUCCUUCUGCUACACUGAGAACCAGCCUUGAAGAGCCACAGGGAUUCUAAUACCUUAGCAAUCAAAACUGUGGUGGUAUUUGAGAACAGCUGAGAGUGAACGUAUCAAGAUAUAAGGAAAAUAAAACAAGUACUUACAAAUUAUUUCUCAACAAAUUCCCCCCCCCCCCCAAAGUGUUUAAUAAAUCU